UAGUAUGUAAUGGGAGGCCAACUUGUCUCCAAACACCAACAUUUUCAUACAACGUUGUAUAUGUAUAUAUAUAUUAUAUAUAUAUAUAUAGUUUGCUAGUGGCAGCGUUUAGAUGCAACAGAAGCGGGAUUGAGCAGCAGCCAUAGAAGCAGAGGAGCGAUGGGGAUUUUAGUCAAAAUUGUGAUGAUGCCCUGCGGAGAAUAUUUUGGAAGGAAAUGGAAUUUACUAGACAUAGUCACCGCAGCUGUGUUUCUCACUAUGCAUUGCCUUUGUGCGAUGGCGCCGUUUCAUUUCACCUGGCCUGCGUUUUGGCUGGCCUUUGCUCUCUAUGUUGUGACGGGGGUAGGAGUUACUCUGUCUUUCCACAGAAAUCUUGCUCACAGGAGCUUUCGUAUUCCGAAAUGGCUCGAGUACUUGUUUGCCUAUUUCGGGGUUCUCUCACUUCAGGGAAGUCCAAUAGAGUGGGUGAGCUCACACAGAUAUCACCAUCAGUUUACUGAUACUGUGAAAGAUGUUCAUAGCCCUCUUCAAGGUUUUUGGUUUAGUCACAUGGGUUGGAUCCUCGAUAGCGGCUCUCGGUUUGGAAAUGUAACAAAAAAUACACCCAACUCUCUCUCUCUCUCUCUCUCUUUCUCUCUCUUAAAUACAUUUACAUACACCACCACAGUGCACUCAUUUUGUUCAACUCUUCAAUGGAAAUUGUUGCAGUAUGGAGGACUGAAGAACGUUGAAGAUUUGAAAAGGCAAGCCUUCUAUAGGUUUCUUCAUCAUACUUUUCUUUUGCAUUCUUUUCUACUUGGAGCUUUACUCUAUGCCGUCGGUGGAUUGCCCUUCUUGACAUGGGGAGUGGGGGUGAGGAUGGUAUGUCUUUUCCACAGUACUAUGCUAGUAAAUUCGGCUGGCCACAUUUGGGGACAACAAGUAUAUCACACUGGUGAUACGUCCAGGAACAACUGGUGGUUAGGAUUGCUUACAUUUGGAGAAGGAUGGCACAAUAAUCACCAUGCUUUUGAUUACUCAGCUCGACAAGGUUUUGAAUGGUGGCAAAUUGAUGUCACUUGGUAUGUAAUAAGAUUUCUUGAAGCAAUUGGAUUGGCAACAGAUGUGAAAACUCCAACUGAGGCACAGAAGGAAAGAAAAGCUUUACACCACAAAACCAUGGCUACUCAGAAUUAAGCUUCAAAGCAAAUUCCUAUUCGCCAUAAACAGAAACAGAAGUUUGAUGUGCUUCUUAGUAUUCAAAUGGUUUGUGUACCGAGUUCAGAUCUCAAAUUAUGUGGGGGCAGAUACCACUCACGAUCGCAUAUAUAUAAUUACUAAGUUGAAUUGAAUGAUU